UAGAAGAAUCUUGUUCAUCUUUUACAUAUUAUGCAACAUUGCAGAUAUCAUUCGGUGAUGCUCCUGCGGUGUGCGGUUUCGCAGUUGGAAUGCGCACAUUUGUUGAUACUAUUAUACUCUCAAUUUUUAUAACUUGUGGUAUUGCUCGGUUGGCUCGUUAUAAUGUAACUGUUGCAUCUUUUCCUAAAGAUUCUUCCGGUAAAAUUAGCUACUAUGAAGGAACACCAAUUCCAACGACACUGUCUAUUGUAGCGGUAAUCACUUAUUUGUUUACAGUGGGAAAAAUAGAUGAUAAUUUACCAGGUGGUGUAAUUGAACUAUCUCCAAAUAUCAUGAUGCAUCCAUUUGUAUUGUUAUAUGCAUUGAGUGGAGUUGCAAUGGUAAGCAAAACCUUAAAGAUUCCAAAAAUCCAAUGCCUACGAACACAUUAUAUUAUUACAUUAUUUCUAUUUUAA